AUGUUUUAUAUUUCAAUGUCUUUCGUGUCAAGUGCCAGCUUUUCAAAAAUACAUUUUUAUGUUGCAGGUGGGUACGCAGUUUUUCCACUAGUGGUCAGUGGUAAAAAAUGGCGAUCUUUGACUCCCCAAGACAGACGACCGUACGUCGAGGAAGCUGAACGUCUCCGCGUCAUCCACAUGACUGAACACCCCAACUACAAAUACCGUCCUCGACGAAGGAAGCAUAACAAACAACGAGCGGCAUCCGGUCCCGUUCCGCGGGUGGGAACUUCUUUGCCCAGUCCAAGUCUACCCAACAUGUCACCCAGAUACUCUGGAUACAUACCCAACGCGAGUUUGUCUCCGACAAUUCAACAACAGGGGAGUUUCAACGGAAUGGAAUUUUCCAGCCCAGGAGGUAGCGUUGAUUACCCCACGGAAAAAAGAUUCAGUCCUGAUAGUUACAAAUUCAGUAAUCAAUACGGUUACGUGGGAUACUCAAACUAUGCGCAGAAAAGUCCCUACUCGAUUCAGAGCCCAGAACCGUCACCAACACACAGCCCUGAGCCCAAAAGUCAAAAUCCCCCUGGUAGCCCCAUCGAAGAUAAGUGCAGAACUGGCGAGAAGACGCCGGAGCUACCUCCUUUGGAGGCAGAUAAGGAGCAGUACCAGCAGUAUAAAGAAGAGCAGAGGAUAUCGAAUAUACAAACCAGCACUAGUAUGAGCCCUGCCCAUCAAAGUUAUAACAGCAGAGUGCAGAACUACAGACAACUCAAUGUUAGUUACACGAAUACCCAACCCAUUACUUCUGUUCCCAUGGCAAAUGGCAUGUACAUAAUGUGUGCGAAUAAGAGUAGCGUGGAACAAGGACAGGUAGUUACUGGAACAUUCUAUCCACCUGUGGCUACUUCGCAAGAUCAACAGAUGCUCGGUAACACCCACAACCUGAACACUGUGGCCAACAUGCCCAACAGCAUGCCAUACUACAGUAACCCCAUUUCUUCAUACUACGCGAAAGAAUAUACCUAUGAAAAUCACGACACAACUAAAGAAAACUUUCUUAACUACCAACAAAUGAAAAUGCUGGAGAAACCGGACUACCUUAACGUCUACAAACAGCACUCCAGUAUGGAAGAAGCUUACGAAUACACACAGGAGGGUAAUCAGUUGGUUCAUUCCUACCUCCCGAACCCCAGUGAAGAACGUAGUGAUGUGGACAGUGAUGACGUCGACACUAGAGAGUUCGAUAAGUAUCUGAAAUUCAGCACCUCUGAGGCUCACGCUGCUAUCGAUUCCAACCAUAACUACCAUAGGAACGAUGCUGUGAAUUCGAAUGUGACGUACAAUUUCCAAGCUCAGCAUACAUCUGUGAUCCUGCCUAACACUAGUGUGAAGCCAGAGCCUUUUCUUGGACACUGCCCGGAAGUUUACGAUUUGGCUACGAACGGUGUUCCAAAAAACGAGGAUGAAUUUAGCGAGAUUUUAGCUGGUGUACGAAAGACCUGCUUCAGUACGUGAUGACUGACUUACUUAUGUGGUGACGUUCGAAUGUGCAAUAAACGAAUUGAGUGGGACAUGAUAGUUUUGGUUUUGCUAGCUUGGCUGCCUAUACAUUGAAUACAUAUUUGUCUUCCAUAUUUUAUAGAGAUGACGACAUGAAAAUCAUAGCACACUAGAUGCAGAUUUAUUGGAGUGCAACUAAAAAGUUAUCAAAAUAUUUGUUGAACAUCAACUGAUAACUAAUAAAUAAGGCAUAUAUACCCACAUGAUGAAAUUUAAUGAGAAUCUUUUUGUAUUGUGAUCUAUCGUGUACUCCAACUGAAUACUGCCAUUUCAUCUGGUAACUGUUUGUCACUAUCCUAGAAAUUGAAUGUGUAUGUGUAGAGAGUGUUGAUGAGUUAUUCGUUCUUGGUCAAUUACAAACACACUGAUGAUAAUAGUCAAAACGUCUCAAUUGGAAGUAGCAAAUAUUGAAUAUACUGAAGACAGUAUACACGGAAAACACUGAACCCAAAAAAUGUUGCAAGAGACAAAUCGUUUUCUAUUAUAUGACUUUAAUAUUCACUCAUUAUCAUUGAAAGAAUAAAAAGAUUUAAUUCAAUCAUCAUCACCAUCACUAUAUGCUAAUAAUUACAGUUGGGUCACGAAAAAAUACACAUACGUCAUCAAUUUCCACAUCCAAUAUGAGUCGACAAACUACUUUGCUACACCAAACAACCUAACCGUUCAGUGGAUAAUUUUAUAAGUUCGCUGAUAUUGAAAUCCCAAUGAUACGAUUUUGGGCUAAUUUCAUGAAAAUCAUCAGCACUUUAUUAAUAAUUCUGUACGAACAAAUUUCCAAUUCCGACGACUGAUAUUAGAACUGUUUGUGUCAAAUGUGAUACUAUGUGUAUAAAAAAAUGGAAAACGUAGACAAUUGAAAAUAAAUCGAUAGUACCUAAUAUGUCAUCGCCUUAUCUCAAAAACUAUCAUACAAACAAGAACUUCUGCUGAUUAAAUGCAAAGGUUUACUGUUUUGUCUUCAUGUUUCACUUUUAUGAGAAAGCGAUGCUAUAUGAUACUAUGAUUUAUCAUAUAUUUUAGUGUGUAUUCUUUCGUCGAUCAAACUGUAGUUAUCUUGAACAUAUGAAGUUUGUUAAUUGGGAACGUCUCCCAUUUUCGAAAUAUCAAAUUGUUAUCAUAUUGUGUUAUCAUAGUUAUGUGAUUAUGGGUGAUUUCUUAAUAGGCGCGACUACUGGAGAGUAUUUUCGUAUUUGCACAACAAACUCAUACACAGGAUGUUAUUUUGUAGGCUUCCAACUCACAGGAAAUAACAUUUUUUGCAACCAUGAUUCCACCAACCUGAAUCUUAGACGAGAUCCAGCUUUGAUUUUCGAAUAAAGUUAUUUAUGGGAAAAAAAUUCCAAUUUGCAAGAAUAAAUUGCAAAAAUAAAAUAUAUAAUCUAAUUACUCGUGAUUCUAUGAAUUCGAUUAAAGUAUAAUAAACACUUUCUAGAUACUACUGCGGUUCUUCAAUGUACACGGUGGCCCCAUCGAAAACGUACCUCAAGGCACAGGUAAUUGUCAGAGAAAUAUAUUUUCGCGAAACUUCGAAUACAUGUCAAGUUUGUUUGUAAGAGGUACAAGUUUUGAUCUGAAAACCGUCGCAACACCUUCAACCGUAUAAGCAGAAGCGGCAUUUUUUCAAAGAGAAUAUGAAUAUGAAAUAGAAUAUAAAGGUCGAUUCAUUAAGCUCAUUGAAAAGGAAUUUCAAGUCUCCCGACUUCUGCUUUGUUUUCGAAAAUCGGUUUACUUGUUUGAAAAAUGUGUAGCUUUGGGAUGUCAGCAAUACUUUAUUUGAAAAAGCAAAAAUAAAAUCAAUUUCAUUUAAAAUAUAUAUUUAUAUUUCAUAUAAAAUAUAGCACUAGCGCAUCAUUUCGCAGCAUAAAUUAAUCACUCUUCACAGUCAGGAGUGAUAUUUGUAUACUUUUUCAU